UCGCUCGUUCGUCACUGUCAUUGUCAUUUUCAUUUGCACGUUUGCUUGAUAUAUCAAUCUCAAUCCUGUAGCUGUAAUUUAUAACAAAUUCUUCAGAAGCAGUGAAACAGUAUAUUGUGCAAAUUAAGGAAUUUAAGUUUCCUAUAUUUCUGUGACAUCGGUUCAAAUAAUUUAUCUACCUGAUUGUUUAAAAGGGUGAUGAUUUCCUGUUGAUAUAAUUUGGUUUUUUCAUAGUUAGUUAUUCCUUUCACGUUUCCUUGAUUUUGUUGGAGACCUUUCGUACUACUGAUAUUGGUAGGCUAGAUGCCGUUAAAAGAAAGGAUGAAAGACUCAAAUGAUACGGAAGUAACUGUUAUAGAUGUCUAUGAUAUUGCUUCAGAGAUUGGGAAAGAGUUUGAGAAGAUGAUUGAUUGUUAUGGGUCUGAAGCAGUUACUGGGCUCAUGCCUAAAGUUAUUACAGCUCUUGAACAUUUAGAAGUACUAGCUGCCAAAAAUGAACGUGAGAACUCAUACAUGCAAGAACUAGAAAAUAAAAUAAUGAAGCUUGAAAGUGAAAAGAUUGAAAAGGCCGAAGAUAAGAUUCGUUAUGAAAGAGAACUAGAACAGAUUGAGGAUCAUUGGAGGAAAGAAACUCAAGACUUAGAAACUGUAGUUAGAAAAACACAAGAAGAAAAUCGGAAGUUGAAAGAUGCCUUGUUGGCCAAGCAGGAUAUGCCAGCUCAGCCGAUGAGCUCUGAGGUGGAGGUGGACAUAGCCGUAUUACAACGUCUCCGAGGUAUGGUGGAUGAAUUGAGAGACAAACUACGCAAAGUUGAAUGGGACUGCUCAGCCAAAACCUCAGAAAUAAACGAGCUGAACGCCCAAGUGAAGAAAUUGACCGCUGUGAGGCAAGAACUAGUUCGUAAACAUUACGUAGCUCAAAAACAGAUCCGAGGACUGAUUGAUGAAAGGGCCGACAAGCAUAGUGAAAUAAACUGUAUGAGGCACAACAUUAAGUUGAUGAUCGAACAGCUCGGCGAGGCAAAGCAUGAAAACAGCCGACUCUCCAGUUCUUACAAGCCGAGUUCCGUAGAAGCAGCCUCUACUCAGGACCCCGAUGCUCCUAUGUUCUCCACCGCUGAACUGAAAGAGAUUCUUGUUGAACGAAACGAGCUCAAAGCUAGAGUAAGCGAGCUAGAGGAUGAGCUUGAGUCUUUUCGCCCAAAACCUGAACCUGAGUCGCCUGUAGAUGAUGACUCCACAGUUCAAGGUCCUCUUCCAUACGAGCCUGAUGAUGCACCAUGGAAGAAAUCUGAUUCUGGGAUCCGCAAAUUUUUCCGCAAGCUGUUUAGUGAAUCCAAUGUGACCUUCUUAGGCAGCAGUCCGAAGCGUAGUCUGUCGUCUUUGUCCAAGAUGGCGCUGGCCACUGGCGGCUCGUCUGUUGAAGGUCCUGUCUGAGCGUCUCAAUGUUAAUUGUUAUGUGAUCACUGCGGCCCAACUACCUAAGUCAGUAUUAAGCCCGUGAUAUCACCUGCUUGGUUAAUAUUUUUAUGCGCUACGCUUGACUAAUUGUUUGUGCAAAAUGUAUUCUUUGAAGAUAUUUUAGUAUUUUAUUGUGUGAUUUGUCUUAUUUUGUGUAUGUUCAGUGCUCCAUCCAUCAAACACAGUGUUAACCAAAGAACCAUUUGUGUUUUAUCAUAACAUCAUAGUUAAAACUAGGUUAAUAGAUACCUACCAGUAUUUAGUGCUCUACUGCAUUGGUACAUACAUUUAUAUCUAGUUAUCUGUUCAAAUUUUCAAUAGGUUGCAAAAUAUUAAUUUGCGAACUUUUCCAAAAUAAAUUUUUAAAACAAUACAUUUUUAACGGCACACAUCUAAACUAAAUACAGCACAAUUAAUAUAGGGUAGCCCUAUCAAUUGAGAAUGGAUUCAAAAUCAAUGUUGGAACGAUAUCGUGGUGGUAAUUAAAAUGCAUCAGUCAUUUAGUUAGCUGUUAAAUAUUACUUUACCAUUACGUAGAAAAUUAUAUACAAUCCACUCGUGGAUUUUAAAGACUAAGUAUAUAUUCUAGAAUCGUACCAUGCAUGAUGUUUUUUACUGGCACAAUGAUAUUUUAUUUUAUAUUAUUAACUUUGUAUAGCUUUAUAAGUUUAUAUAGGAUACUAUUGUUACUGUGUUUUAAUGCUUUUAUUUUAAUAUGUGCUUUGCUGUUUAAUUCAAGUAGAUAUUUACACAUAAUCGGUUAGUAGUGUCAGAAGUUGGUUAUAUUUGAGGCCUAACCUUGUGUCAUAGUAAUAUAGCGUAGUUGUGUAUAUCGAUUAUAUAUUUGAUCUUUAUUUAUAUGCCAUGUUGCGAUAAUGUAAUAAUUUUAUCCGUAUAUUAGAUGCCAUAUUAUUGAUACUGUGGAUUUGAUGUUUAUAAAUAGUAAAAAUAGUUUUAAAGUUUGAA